CAUAUAAUAUAAAUGUACAUUAGAAGGCAUUGUAUUUAGAAGGGAAGAAGUAAUAACUGUUGCAGUUGAACUUCAAUCCAUAAGGGGAAGUAACUCUUCAAAAAUAGGAAAUGGCUUCACCUACCUCAGUUUGCAGCGAAGAUUAUGACGCUGCUGAAACGUUUGCUGCAGCUUUGAUGGACCAGAUAGACACGGAAUCUGUCAGUAAUAUGGUGGACGUACAAAGAGAUAUGUUAUCAAGAUUUGAAAAGACCAAUGAGAUGUUAAUAAAUUUCAACAUACUGUCAGCAAAUAGAUUUGCAAUAACAAGCCAGCAGUUCAGGAGACAUACACAGCUGAUGUAUGAAAUGAAAAAGGAUUUAGACUCCAUUUUCAAAAGGAUAAGGGUUAUCAAAGAUAAGCUUGGAAAGUCAUACCCAGAAUCUUUCAAAGUAUGCGGAAGUUCAGCUCCAAUUUUAGAAGAUGAGGAGGAAAUAGAGGAUGAUGUUGCCACGGAAACAAGCCAAUCAUCCCAGAAUUCUGUAAUACAUCAUGGGAAUGAUACACCAACUGUGGUAUCCACUACAGGAGUACAAAACACAUUAGAUAGACAGAAAGGUGAACCUACAAACACAAGCAAUAGUGAUCAAUUAAACACUGAUGCUGACACCAAAACACUGGUGGAUAUUUCUGAAAGUGCUACUUGAUAUAAAGAAUUAAAUAUCACCUUAAAGGGACUCCACUAAGGUUUUAUGAAAUGAAGACACUUAAAAUAUUUUUUUAGAGACUUGUGUACUUUGAUGUAGGUCUCGAUCGACUUGUGUGCAAAGU